GCCAUGGUCACAUAAUUAAUUAUAUUUCCUCCUAGCAUAAUAAAGACUGGUCAAUAGUGGUCUCAUCCAUAGUUUCCACGAAAAGAUGGAAGGAUAGCCAGGCAAGAGGGAAAUGAUUUUAUAUCCCUCCUCGUAACUAUUACAUAAUAUAUCCAGUAGGACGAGGUGACCCAUCAAGCAAUGAUAUGGUCUGUAAGAACUGACGUUUCUUCGUUAUCUUCUCUUUGCAUGUGUCUUCAGUCCUAAGAGCCAGGGAGGGACAGACACAGUAGUUGGGGGGAUGUACCUCUGAUAAAACUAAGGAAUUUAGCACUUCGUCAAUGUCAAUGUCACGAGUGAGAAAGCUUGUGCAGACUAGUAUUUUAUUUCAAAAUGGCUGCCACUUGUUAUACAUGUCUCGUCAAAAUGACAAAUUUACGAUAGCCCUGCCAAAUAUGUUUUACGUUCGAAUAUAAUUGUAUACAUUAAAGGAUGCUUUAAAGGGACAUACUAAGAACGAAAUAAGACAUGUAAAUCAGCGUCAGCAUUGAAGUCUGCAAUGUUCCGUAAAGCCACCAUACAACUAUGUUCAGUGUUGAGACUUUGGUAGAGAGACACACGCUGUAUACUAAGCCACCAUACAACUAUGUUCAGUGUUGAGACUUUGGUAGAGAGACACACGCUGUAUACUAAGCCACCAUACAACUAUGUUCAGUGUUGAGACUUUGGUAGAGAGACACACGCUGUAUACUAAGCCACCAUACAACUAUGUUCAGAGUUGAGACUUUGGUAGAGAGACACACGCUGUAUAUGUCCCAUCAUUAACUGUUUUCACUUUAGUUUCCUAAAUCUAUCCAACGGUUACAAACCAAUGUGUGACCAUCCUGUGAUCUUGAGCCUAAUGACUGUGAAACGGCUGCGGUUGAUCGAUGACGUAUGCAUAUGAUUUAGCACAGUGGUGAAGUACGCUUUAAGGUGCGUAUUUUUGGCACACUUUUUAUAACUUACGUAAAGGACGGUCAAGAUUUUGUUAAUGUGCAAUGAGGGUCUAAUAAUCCCAAUGAUGUCAAAAUAUUGCUUCAACGUCGGUCUUUUGUGUUUUAAUUAGUGACACACUUCCGAUUCUACGUGGGGCCUUGAUGGAGACCAAGCGGGUAUGGGUUUCAAGCCCAGUAUAGUAGGCAGGCAGCAUUUCUGUAAGGGCACAAGUCGGUGGUCAGUGGAAGUUCGUAGAAAACACUGGACGCAUCUAUCUGUGUGCACGCCCGAAUUAGUCAAAGCAGCAGUAUUUCCUACCAGUCUUCACUCGUCAUCUUCAGCAGACGUGGUUAAACCAGCACGUGGAGUGGUUGGGCCUAGAGGUUGAUGCAGGAUAUUAUGUAGCUUCUUGCUGUCUCGAUGUUUAAAACCAUGUUUUUCCUGGAUUUCCAACCACGACCAAUUCAGACAAGUUGCCACAUCCCAUGUUUGUCAUAGCAUAACGGAAACCAACUACCACUCACUUCACACCGUCACCAAACAAAAGAAACAAACAAGAUGGCGGCAAGACUCUGAGCAUGCGCAGUGAGCACCACCCCACGCUACACAGUUUCCUGCAGAUCAACUCAGAUAAACCGGAUGAAUCUCAAUUCACUUUGACAUGAAAUAUUUGUAUGGAUUUAAAGUUGUUUUCCUUCAUGUCGGGAAAGUACCUUAAAAUAUGGAUCUACUGAAGAACAUACAUGUUUGGCAAGGAUACCAGCGUUGGACCACAUCAGGAGUUCUCCUAUACAUUAGUGUAUGGUUCCUAAAUGUAGCAACUCCACAUGCAGUGUCGGCUGCCGCUAGCAAAAUCCAGGGUUUCGAAGGAAAUGCAUAUUCUGGUCUUCCAAUGUUUACAUGUGGGACUUCAGGAUGGUCGAUCGAGCAGACGAAUCAAGGCAAUCGUGUUGUAGCCACGUGUCCAAACAAGUGCAUUUACCAGCUAUCGGUAAUAGAGGGCGCCUCUUUUGCUGUUGGGGAGCGUGGAAGCGGCACAGUGACGUUUAGCUACGCCAUCAACGUUCUCGACGGGUCCAGUAUAUCCGACGAUCCAGAGAUUAGACCAGUGCUGAGUUUGUAUUGUGAUAACUGCUCCAAUUACAAAGUUUGGAGUUCCGUCGACACGUCAGAAUCGCGGACUGACGGCAUUUGGGUUUUAGCUUCAGUGGUUAUAAAAAGUAGAGGAACUUUCAGUUUAAUACUUGAAGCAAAGAUUGGGGAAAGUGGACAAGUUAUCGGCGUCGAUGAUGUCGUUGUCCAAGGAACCAAACCGCAAGAGUUCCCUUUACCAACAAUACCUCUGGAGAUCCCAUUGAAUUGUGACUCUAGGGAGGAUCCAAAUGAGAACGACGCCAACAUACAAAGCACUACUCAGACCCCAGGAGAGGAGGUUGAAGAUACAGGAGGGUAUCCACUUACGAUUGGAUUCCAGACAACAGUUAAUACAGAUGUAACUACACCCAAGACUUCCGGAUCAGAUUAUGCAAAUAGCUUCAAACUUCUGGAUCACGAAAUGACUCUUCUUCUUGCGCAGAUUCUAGCUGUUUUGUCAGUGGCUGUUUGCGUUGUAACCAUCACUGUUCAUUGCGUUAUAUGGGGCAGACAGAGAAAACUUCAAAAGGUUCGUAGCAUAGAUCGACAACAGGCGCCAGAACCUGACCCACGUGAUAGCAUGCUCCUGGAAAUGAACCUUAUUCCAACCGAGGAACCCGACACGCCGUGUAGUAACAGUCUAUGCAGACCAGCCAAGGACAUCUAUUUAGCCAAACUUAGGGAAUCAGAUAUACUGAAGCAACAAGACCCACGUCGGGCAACAAUCAGUCAUGGUAUACCGCCACCCCGUCAGGGUGCAUUGCUGGAUGUUAGCGACGAUAGUGAUGUGGAGCAACAGCGCCCUCAUCCGAGGACUAAAAGUUUACCCGGUCGUCCAAUCAAUGAAUACGAGUCUAUUGAUGAAAUGAGUAAGUACCAGCCGCUGAGGUUUGAGAAGCGACCGGCUCCGAAGCAAAAGCCGCCGGGAAUUCCCGGAGGCGGGAGGCUCAAUGAACGUACUCGCGGGGUGCAGAAUCUUGCUGCUGCCAGGAAGAACAGACCCAGCUCGGUACAGUACGAGGAAGUGCGCAAGCGCACUGGUGUUCUUUUCGAAGAACCACGUGACAGGAGUAAGUCAGCCUCAAAUUAUGAUUACAUCAAAAGAAAGGCAUCAUCUCAGAUGCCAAGAAGUAGCGUCUUGAAAUACGGUCAGUCACCGCGCACUAGGCCGAAAGGGCGUGCCCCGCCCCCACCAGUCAACAGACUCUAUGAUAAACCAUCGAAAAAAACGAACAAUGAUAGAUUGAUGAGCAGUGCGCCUCAGCUAUUGCUAAUUAAACGGGACUCGUCUCGCGAAAGUGUCCGAACGGAUACCGAGAGCAUUCCGGAUGAAGACGAAGGUUACAACAACCCGAGAAUGAGUACCUUCGGUACACCGGUACGACCCGUGCGCCCUGCCGUGGAGUCGGCCUAUUUCACCCUGGAGCCCACUACCGUUGACUACAGCACCGGGGACUCAGACGAUGAACGAGAAAGUCCUCCGGAUGCCAGCCGGUUCGAGGAUGCUGAUGAACCAACAGCCACGCCGAUAAAUCUCCCAAAUGGACGGGGAGGUAAUUCGCUCCGCCCGUUGCCCGUCAGUGCCCCGAUCAUUAUCCCACCAUCUCCAGUUUCGCCAAAUGUGGAGAUAAUUAUAGAUAACUAUGACGAGGAAGAAACUUCUUAUCUCUAAUCUUCGAAUAACUGUAUAAUAGCUGUCUUCAUAGAAAAACGAACUGCCGUUUUGCACAUACAGAGAACGAACUAGAAUCUAGAGGUAAACUUAAAUAAAUUAAUGGUAGAGAAAUUUAAUGUUUUACCCGGCUUGGUCCAAUAUGAUAUUAAGGACGCCUACGGCCAGCCGUAGCUGUAGCCGAAGUCGCCGUUACGGACACGGCCUAUAAGAGAGCUUUCGAUUUGGGACGGGAGGAGCGAGGAGACGGUAAUAAUUUCAGCGAUUUUCCCCAGGGAAGAUGAGGCCACUUAAGCAUCACCUAUCCAUCCACAUGUCAAGAAACAGGUCCUAUACGAACCUCUGAGACCUUUAAUUAAAAGUUCUUAUGCAUAAAUCAAGUUCCGUUUUAAAAUUCAUAUGUAGGCAAAGUUAUGUAAAAUGUUUGUUUGUAAAUAAUUACUACUGAUGGAAACACAAUUUUGAUGUUGUCUGCUGGUAGGACAUUGGUAUGUUAUUCAAAAUAUGUUUGUUUUUUAUAGUUUUGGUGCACAGUCUAAAUAAUUGCACAAGUUGGCAUGAUGAAGUACGAAGUUAAUGGUGUUUUCUGAUACAAGUCAAAACUAGUUUAUUUACCAGACACGGUAAUGAUUUUGUUUGGCAAAUAAAAUACAUGU